AUGUCGCUUCCAACGCAUUUCCCACUGAAGGUGGAAGGUGGAAAGUUUGUCCAGAUACCUUCGGUUGGGUAUGGGACAUGGGCUGCCGGCGAGAAGGGCUGGUGCAAAGAUGCGACAUUGGCAGCUCUGAAAGCGGGUUACCGGCACUUGGAUUGCGCAUGGAUGUAUGGUGUGGAUGAAGAGGUGGGGGCUGCGAUUCGGGAAUCUGGGAUUCCCAGAUCAGAGCUGUUCAUCACCUCUAAGUUCUGGCCCAACUUUGCCGCUCCUGAGAACGUUGAGAUAUGCCUCAACCACUCCCUCAAGCUGAUGGGCCUGGAUUACGUUGAUCUUUUUCUCGCGCACUGGCCAGUUGCCUUUGAGCCUAUUUCAAGAGAAGCCCUGGAGAAUGCCACAACUGGUCCAGAGGCUACUAGCACCCAGCGAGGUAUAAAGACGCACCCUGGUACAGAUGAUCCUGUCAUGGAUUGGGCUCACAUUUCCGAAAAUCUCACGAGCCAAGCCGGCAAGGAAGGAUCGUACGUGCCUACGUGGCAAGCCAUGAAGAAGAUUGUCAAGUCAGGAAAAGCCCGAGCCAUUGGUGUCUCCAACUUCUCCAUUGCAGAUAUCAAGCCGCUGCUCCCCCACUCACAAGACAUCCCGAUUUCGUGCAACCAGAUCGAGGUGCACCCUUGGCUACCAAAUAACGAACUCAUUGCUUUUAUGCGAGAGAAUAACAUCCUUGCUUCCUGCUACUGCCCAUUUGCAGGACAGAAAGCUGACGGCAAGACGCUCAUCACCGAUCCUAUUGUUCAAAAGGCAGCCAGGGACAGCGGCAUGGAUGUUGGGCAGUGUUUGCAAAGCUGGGCCGUGCAGCGAGGAACGGUUCCAUUGGGCAAGAGUGCCAACGAAGCGCGCAUCAAGUCGAAUUUGGCAGUAGCCAAGUUAUCUGUUGCGUCGAAGAAAGCCCUUGAUGACCUCGAGGUUCCCAAUGGCCAAGGCAGGACGGUAGGAUUGGACAAGAAGUGGGGUGACGUGAAAUUGUUCUCAAACUAG